UAUCUCAAAAUAUCCAACCCUUGAAAUAAAAGUCCAAAAUUAAAAUACAAAAGGAAAGCUCAUUUUUGUUCUCGCCCCACAAUCAGAAAAUUCUCUCAAAAUCGGAGCUAUCUCAGAAAAUUCUCUCAAAAUCGAUUUGAGCUCAUCUCAGAAAACUCAAAGAUCGGAGCUCAUCUCAUCUCCGACGGGUUGAUUUGCGGUGGUCAGAUAUCUCAUCUUCGACGACGAGCGAGCGGUUGAUAGACUGAGCACUCUUCGCCACCCGAUUUUCCGAUUACAGGAAAUUUGGAGUAUACACAAAGGCUUUUGUAGCUGGACUUCCAAAAAUCAUUAACAAUGUCAUAUCUAGCUCAUCUCCUAGUGUAAUCUAUGAUUAAAUCACAAAACAAUCUUCAUUUGUUUGUCACACAUGAUUCAGAUCAUAGACAAAGCCUUUUAGAUUUUAAUCAUUUUGCCAAAAGAUUAACUUAUACAAUAUGGAUAGAUUAUUUAUGGUAGGUAAUGAAGAUCAAUCUCAAAGAGAAAAUCCCAUCAGGAAGGUCAAGGAUUUAGCUGAGGAACAAAAUGAGCAUAACCUCUACGCAUUUACUCCCAAAGGAAAGUGAGGAAGAUAAUGCCUCUCAAAAUAUCAUAUUUGCUCGUGAUGGUUUUCUUAGCUGAUCCAAAUGAUAUCUUCUUGACAGAUGGAGCAAGCCCAGCUGCUCCUUACUAUCUCAAUGAAGCAACAGGAUGGGGAUUGGAAGUCUCUUCACUUAAGAAGCAAUUUGGGGCUGCCAAGUCCCAAGGCAUCAUAGUUGGGGCUUUAAAUGUUAUAAAUCCCAGAAACCCUACAGGCCAGGUUCCUGGUGAGGAGAACCAGCGUGACAUUGCGGAAUUCUGCAGGAAAGGUCUUGUGCUACUGGCAAAUGAGAUCAACAAGAUUAUUCUGGUGCUCAUACAUAUGAAAGGAUUGAUGUGGAGGGAUCUUUCCAUACUGAAUUGUUCAAGCUUUCCAAACAGUACAAAACAACUUGAUGGGAAUCUUCCAUCUAAACUUGAGGAGUUCCUGAACAACAAUCAAGGGGUUGAAAUGGUAGUAAAGUUGGGUAGAGAGAAUACUAAUUGUCAAGUGAUUCUGUUACAAAAGAUCAGGGGCCCUAUCCUUCAGCUAAAACCCAAGAAACAACAGUGGUUUCCAAAUGCACUUGGGGCUUUUAUGUAUCCAAUUUAUGGCCAUGGGGAACUACCACAGGCUUUUUGCCGUCGUGCUGCUGUCAAAGGUUGCAUUCAUGUAAGUUCUAGUCAAGGGAUUCACAGUUUAGUUUUCUAAGAGCAUCAUCAUUUGAUAAUUCCUUACCAAGUUUACAUCCUGCUGAAUACUUGUUAAUGUCUUGUGCGUUUUGUUUAUGAGGAAAUAGGUAUGUGCAUGUUCAUACUUGUCUAAUCUUAUUUCAAAUAUCCUCCCCUUCUUUCAUUAAUUUUACUUUUGGGUGGGGGAGAAUCAGUAUCAAAAUAAUUCAACUUAAAUGAAGUUUAGCUCCAAACUUUUUUCCAAUUCAUUUAGUGAUGAUUAAUUGAUUAUGACUAUUUAUGUAUGUUAUUUAACCCAUUAA